AUGUUGGGAUGCGCCCUCUACCACUCCUCCCCAAGAGUCUCAGGCCUAGUCCCUAGUCCAGGAGACACCAUCCUAGUAACCGGCCGCCCCAUGUCCCAGCGGUUCACCUCCCCAGCAGCAGCAUCCCAACGCCUCCCCAACGAGCCAGGGACCGCAUCCACGUCAGCCCUUACCAGCAAAACAAUAGGAGGCAGCAGCAGGAGGCAGCGGCGGUCUCCCCUCCACUUCCCCACCUCAACUACCAGCACAUUACUCCCGACAAAUGACAUCUUCAUACCCGGCCACAGCCUGAGUCUCAUUGUUAAGAGACUCCCUAAUGCCGGGGAGUUCACCAAGACGCUGCCUCUCACACACCCCUACACACAAGGGUUCACCAAGACGCUGCCUCUCACACACCCCUACACACAAGGGUUCACCAAGACGCUGCCUCUCACACACCCAUACACACAAGAGUUCACCAAGACGCUGCCUCUCACACACCCCUACACACAAGGGUACACCAAGAUACUGCCUCUCACACACCCCUACACACAAGGGUUCACCAAGACGCUGCCUCUCACACACCCCUACACACAAGGGUUCACCAAGACGCUGCCUCUCACACACCCCUACACACAAGGGUUCACCAAGACGCUGCCUCUCACACACCCCUACACACAAGGGUUCACCAAGAUACUGCCUCUCACACACCCCUACACACAAGGGUUCACCAAGACGCUGCCUCUCACACACCCCUACGCACAAGGGUACACACAGAUACAAGACCACGAGGGCCCCAAUCAGUCAGUCCGUCCACACACACACGACAGCCCCUGA